AUGUCGUGUCGUCACGCUUCUCACGCUGGGAGCUGGUACACUGAGAACGAAUCACCUUUCAUAAUAAUGUCUGAUAAAACCAAACAGCAUUCUGCGCCCGCGAAAGUAACGAAAGUGAAAAGACCGUUUACCGUGAGCGGGCCUUCGUCGACUCGCGCCAAAACGACACCGCCACACGCAGCUAAUGAAAAACAGUCUCGUGGUGUCCCGAAAAGGAAUACUACACUCAUCGAUUGUGAUACAACAAUUCUGAAACAAGAAAAUCUCCCGAAUUUCGAUGCUGAGAGUAGGCAGAUUGCGUACGGAAAAUUCCUUCGCACGAUGCUAGAAGAAUGUCUUAUUGACGAAAAAAUCGAGAGGUCUGAAACUCUUACGGAUUUACAAAUGACUCAAUUGGCUCAAAGAUUCAACGAAACUAUGAAUCAAUUGGAUAAGACGAAUAGGCGUUUGAAAGAUAUAUCGUUUGUUGUUGAACAGAAAAGGUUACUAGACUUGAAAACCACUGAUUCAUCAAAAUUCUUUAAUACAACCGAUGACUCUGAUGCACAAGAGCUGUUACAUAAUCUCAACACCACCGAAUCCGUGUGCCUAGACAAUUUGGAAACGAAGAAUGUAGAUUUUGGCUACAAUAAAGAGAGUGGUCACAAGCAACUUUUAGAUGCAGUUAAUGACUGUAUAAACGGUCUCGAUGAAAUAAAGAAACAUUCUAAUCUUGAUAUGGACAAGUUUAAAGAAUAUGAAAAAUCUCAAAUGAACAUUCAAGAUUUGGAAAAAGAGCGUUUCGAUUUAGAAAUGUUGAAGGAAGAUUUUGAAAAGAAGUUUCCGAAAUUCAAUGAAAAAUUGUUGAAGGAAGUUUCAGAUACCAUAGCUAAAGUGAUUGAGGAAGACACUGCCGGCAACCUUACUGACAUCCUCAGUCCGUCUUAUACCCUCCCAGCAUCAGAGACGAGAGUCGACGCCAAAAGAUGUCCUGAACAAGUGGUAGAGGAAAAAAUGUCGGACGAUUCACAAGAACCUUUUAAGAAGUCUCUUUCAAUAAAGAUCAUUGGAACUUUGACUUUGACACGUAAUGAAUUAUCAAGGCAGCUAGAUCUCUGGUUAUCGAAGGCUGACCUGACGCACGGUCCGGCGAGAGCCAUCAUUGCUCCGCAUGCGGGCUAUUCAUACUGCGGCGCAUGCGCAGCGUUCGCGUACCGUCAAAUCAGCCCUGUGGUCGUGAAACGCAUAUUCAUAUUAGGUCCUUCCCAUCAUGUUAGAUUGGGGGGAUGCGCUCUCUCUUCUUUAGAUAAGUACCAGACGCCUCUCUAUGAUCUCACCAUAGACAAACAGAUAGACGAAAUAGGAUUAAUUCGUCGCAUUUCUGCUGCAGUUUACGCUGAGUUAGAGGCGACGCGUCAGUUCGAAUGGAUGGACACGCAGACAGACGAAGAAGAACACUCCAUCGAAAUGCAUUUACCAUACAUCGCUAAAGUAAUGGAGGAAUACAAAACCGGUUUCACAAUAAUACCGAUUUUAGUUGGAUCUCUGACACCUGAAAAAGAAGCGAAGUACGGGGCGAUAUUGGCACCGUAUCUAGCUGACCCACAGAACUUGGUGGUGAUCUCGUCCGACUUCUGCCACUGGGGUCAGAGGUUCAGGUACACGUGGAGGGACAGCUCCAGGGGUGAUAUUCACCAGAGUAUCGAGUGGCUGGACAAACAGGGUAUGAAUAUAAUAGAGAAGAUGGAUCCGCGAGCUUUUACAGAUUAUCUCAAUAAGUAUGGCAACACGAUAUGCGGCAGACAUCCCAUCGGAGUGUUGCUACAGUCAAUCGCGAGACUACAAUCUCAGCCCGACUCGCCGCGUAUGUCUUUGAAAUUCUUGAAAUACGCACAAUCCUCACAGUGUAUGAGUAUGCACGACUCGUCAGUUUCGUACGCGAGCGCAUCGCUGGUGUUCGAAUGA